AUGACCGAGUUCUGGAUCAAUAACGGCGGCUCUAUGUCGGGAAUACACUGUCUCAACUUUACAACAUUCCUAGCCAAACUCGCAUCCACUCGUGUCGCUCAGGAUAGGCUGUGCCAAGUUGCACUUCUGAUCUUCCGUGAUCUCUUUGAAAGCUCUAAAACACUCCGGGGUGAGAGCGAGUCAGACGAGGAAGACCUCAACCGAGGUAUCUAUCAGCUUGAGGUCUUUAAACUAUUACCAGCUGCUGUUACUUGGCUGAAAAAUGUAAACCACAACCUCCUCUUACUAUCAGACGUGUAUUGGAACGAAUGCCCCAGCGAUAUUAGUAAGGGUGGCGAGAAGUUCCUUGAAUCGGAGCUCGGACAGCGAUUACCUGCUGGAUUUUCGCUAUAG